AUGGAGGGGAACAAAGACGAAGCCGAGAAGGCGAAAGGCCUCGCCGAGACGAAGCUAUUGGCGGGCGACGUCGCAGGAGCCCGGCGAUUCUGGGAGAAGGCUCGUCGCAUGUUCGCGUCGCUAGACGGCCUUUCGCAGAUGCAGGCCGUCCUCGACGUUCACGAAGCCGUCGCGAAGAGGUUACCCGGUGUCGGUCAAGGCGAGGUGGACUGGUACCUCGUUUUAGACGUUCCCGAUUUCUGCGAUGACGAUGCGUUGAUAAAGAAAUCGUACCGGAAAAAGGCGUUGCUGCUGCAUCCCGAUAAGAACAAAGGCGCGGGUGCAGAGACCGCGUUCAAGUACGUAUCAGAAGCCUUCGGUUGCCUCUCCGACAAGGUCAAGAAGUCGCAGUUCGAUCUAAGAAAGCGAGCCAGAGCAGCCAUCGGAGCGCGCGGCGGGCACCACUCCGCCGCCGGCGCAGCUGCCGCCGCCGCCGCCGCCGCGAGUCGGCAGCACGCCGCGGCAAAUCGGCAGCAUGGGGGGAGCGGUCGGGGGCAUGGAGCGGGAGGGGGAAGCACCGGCGCAAAAGCUGGCGCAGCGGCGGGCGGAGCGGCAGCUCCGCAGUUUUACACGCGGUGCCACCAUUGCUGCGCGAGCCUGCUGUGUAAGCAGGACUCGCGCGGGCAGAUAGUGAAGUGCCUGCUGUGCGAAAAGAUGUUCCUCGCUCUCGAAGUCGACCCACCCGCCAAGGCAAAGCCGGCUGCCGCCAGUGGUGCUCCUGCUGGCGGUAAGGGGCGCGGGCAGCAGAAACAGCAGGAUCAGCAGCAGCGGCAGCAGCGGCAUCAACAGCGGCAGCAACAGCGACAGCAGGAGCAGCAGCAGCAGCAACAACAGCAGCAGCAAAAGCAGCAGCAGCAGCAGAAGCAGCAGCAGCAGCAGCAGCAGCAGCAGCAGCAGCAGCAGCAGCAGCAGCAGCAGCAGCAGCAGCAGCAGCAGCAGCAGCAGCAGCAGCAGCAGCAGCAGCAGCAGCAGCAGCAGCAGCAGCAGCAGCAGCAGCAGCAGCAGCAGCAGCAGCAGCAGCAGCAGCAGCAGCAACAACAGCAGCAGCAACAGCAGCAGCGGCAGCAGCCAGUGCCAUUGCGGCCGGCCCCCCAGCCGCCGCCACCUCAGCCGCAACAAUCACCACCACCGCCACCCCAGCAUCAUCAACAGCAACAACCGCAGCCGCAGCCGCAUCCGCAGCAGCAGUCGCAGCAGCAGCAGUAUCAGCAACCGUGGUGGCAACCGCAGGCGGGCGGGCAACAGGGCACGGGGGUGCCGCAGACGGAGAGCGAGCGAGCGAGUUUCAUGAAGAACAUGACGGAAAGCGAGCGCGCGGGUUUCAUGAAGAAUAUGCACGCGCAGUUCUGCGCCGCCGGUAUGAUGGGGCGCGGGGGGGCCGCGGAUCGAUGGCAGCACCUGGCGCAACCCGCGCACCAGCCCCACGCGCCCAAUGGCUUCUCUUCCGCAGGCGCCGCCGCCGCCGCCGCUGCCGCUGCAGCAGCAGGUGGUGCGGGUGGUGGUGGCACGGGAGGCACGGCGGCCGGGAUUCCUGCGUUCGGCGUGCCUUCGUUUCCAAAGCCCCCAGCCUCGUUCGGAGGACAGCCGGCGGGUUUGAACCAGCAGCAACAGCAGCAACCACAGCAGCAGCCACAAUCGCAGCAACCCGGCCAGUCGCAGCAGAAGCAGCAGCAGCAGCAUAAUCACAACCCGUUCUCCCAAGCUCCGGCCAGCCCCACACCAGACCACACCGCCCCACACCCUUCUCAACCCUUUGAGCAACCGUCCCACGCGCAGCAGGCGCAGGCGCAGGCGCAGGGUAGCCUCUUCGAGCGGUUCUGCUCGCCAGGACCCGCUGCGACGGGGUUCCGGCAGGCGUUCGUGAACGACGUGUGGGGCAAGGUGCAGCGGGAGCGCAUGGACGAGCAGGCGGAGGGGCGGCGGAGGGACCGCGAGCGGAAAGAGGCGGAGGUGGCGGAGCGGAAGCGCGUGGCGAAGGCGGGUAGGGAGGCGGAGAGGGAGCGGAAAAAGGCGGCUGCUGCUGAGAAGGCGGCGGCGGUUGCUGCGGCGGCUGUGGCGGCCAUGGGGGCGGGCGCGGGGAGGGAAGGCGGAGGCGGACAGCCGAAGGGGAAGGCGGGUGAGGAGGUGGGCGGAGAGGGGAUGGGCGCACCUGGUGGAAGGGCGGAAGGGGUGGAAGACGUGGGAGGAGAAGGGCGGAGCACGAGAAAGAGACAGAGGGGGAAGGAGGAUGUGCUACCAGACGAUAUGACUGCUGCUGUGCAUGCCGCCAUGGCUGCCGCGCGCGCUGCUCUUGGGACGGGCGGGAUGGAUGGCGUGGGGGAACGCGGAGGGCAUGAGGCGGAGGGGGAGAUGGAGGGCGCGGGGAGACAGGCGAAGAGGGUUCGCAGGGAGGAGGAUCAGCCAACGGUUAUCAAUCUGGAUUCAGAUGGGCCCGCUGAAAUGGAGGUGGAUGUGAUAGAGGUUGGCGGGGUGGCAGGCUCAGCAGCAGCAGGGGCAACAGCAGCAUCAGUAGCAGCUGCAGUCACAGUGGAGGUGGCGGCAGAUGCAGCAGCAGGUGUGACGACAGAGGUAGUUUCAGGCGCUGACGUGGCAGCAGCAGCUGUAGCGAGCAGUGGGCGUGCUGCUACAGCUUUCCCUGGUACAGAGGGUACCACUGCUGCCAGUGCCUUGUCUGGCAGAGACAUGAGGGCGGCUGCUCAGUCCCUGCGACAGGCAUCCCUCUUUGAAGUCAUGCGGGAUGCAGCCCAGGGGGCGAACCUCGCCUCCUCCUCUGCUCCUGCUCCUGCUCCCUCUUCUGCGCAUGCUCCUCCACCGGUUGGUACCGCUGGUAACCGCUGUAAUGCUACAGCUGCAGCUGCGGUUCGGAAUGGUCGGGCGACUGUGCUCGACCCCGCGGCACCUGCUGCAGCUGCGGCUGCUGCGGCUGCGGUGAGAAGCAAGGAGGCCAGUGGGGAGGGCGGGGGUGCGACUGCUGCUGCUGCCGCUGCUGCUGCCAGGGGUGCUGCUAAUGGUGUGAAUGGGGUGGUGGAUGAGAAGGGCGGGCAGAAAGAUGGGAAGUCGGAGGGUGAUGAGGAGGAGGGAAUGGAAGUGGCGGAUCCGGAUUUCUACUGCUUUGACAACGACCGCGAGGAGGAGAGCGUGCAAGAAGGGCAGGUACGUGCAACAAGGGCAGGUACAUGCAUCAAGGGCAGGUACGUGCAAGAGGGGCAGGUACGUGGACGUGUGAACAAUGGGAGCCACGUAAAUGCCUGCCCCUCCACGUCAUCCCUUCCCUCCCUCGCUCCCACUUGCCCUCCCCAUUCCUCCCCCGCUUACCCGGCCUCUUAUUCUCCUCACCUUCACCCUUCCUUUCCCCCCCUCCCCUUCCUCCCCUUUUCUCCCUCCUGCUUCUUCCCCGUUUCUUCCUCCCCAUCACUCGCCCUUCCUCCCCAUCACUCGCCCUUCCUCCCCAUCACUCGCCCUUCCUCCCCAUCACUCGCCUUCCUCCCUCCCCAUCACUCGCCCUUCCUCCCCAUCACUCGCCCUUCCUCCCCAUCACUCGCCCUUCCUCCCCAUCACUCGCCCUUCCUCCCCAUCACUCGCCCUUCCUCCCCAUCACUCGCCCUUCCUUCCUCUUCCCCCUCCUCCCCUUCCACGCCUUCCUUCCUCCCCUCUUGCACAAGCUCCCAGGGCUUCCAUCUCCCUCCCUUCUUCCGCCCCCCUCCCCCCCUGCUUCUGCCCAAACCCCUCUCCCUCCCUGCGUCCACCCCACCCCCUUCCGCUUCCCUCUUUUCGCACGUCGAUCUCUCCCUGUUCAAGUCAAGCCCCCCCAGACCUGUGUGGGCGCUUUACGACGAUAGAAAUCGCCGUGUGUACGACGAUAGAGAUGGCCUCCCCCGUUUCUACGCGCUUGUGCAAAAGGUGUGGGCCCUAUAUGACGACCGAGACGGCUUGCCGCGUUUCUAUGCGCUCGUGCAAAAGGUUUCCCAUCGCCCCGCCUUCAAGUGCCGCCUGCAGUGGCUCACGCCCCUCCCCUCCUCCUCCCGCCGCUCCGCCUCCUCCCUCGUGCCCCCAUGCGGGUGGUUCCGCCUGGUUACCCGAGCCAAAACAAUGGAUAGCAUCAACGUCUUUUCCUGCCGCUUGCCGGGGGUGAAUCUUCACCCGAACUUUCCUCUCGCUGUGUUUCCGCAGCCGGGGCAGGUCUGGGCGGUGUUUACUGACCGGGUGCUGCAGCAGCAGCGGCGGAAUGGGACAGGUUUGGGGGGAGGUUCGGGGGAGGGGUUGGAGAGGUAUGAUGUGGUGCAGGUGGCACGGGAAGGGGAGGUGAAGGGGGGGUUGGCAUCGGUUGUGGGAGCGGCGGGGCUGAUUGGGCUGCCUGAGAGGCCGGAGGAUGGGGUGAGAGGGCAGUUGGUGGUGUGGCUGCUGCAGCGCAUGCAAGGAUACACAAGCAUCUUCCAGCGCACGAGCGAGUGUCUGGCAGUGGACGUAACAGUCUUCUCUCACUUCGUCCCCACGUACAUCUGCAAGGGCAACGAGGCCAACUCCAAGGAACUCCCCUCCCCGCCUCCAGGAGCCAUGGAGCUUGACCCGGCCGCCAUCCCUCCUGUCAUGUCACCCAUUCACACUUGA